CCGCCCACCGACAGCAGCCGCCUCCUGCUCCCCACGCGCUUCAGGCGCCACUAUGUCGGGCGACAAGCUUCUGAGCGAACUCGGCUAUAAACUGGGCCGCACGAUAGGCGAGGGCAGUUACUCCAAGGUGAAGGUGGCCACGUCCAAGAAAUACAAGGGCCCGGUGGCCAUCAAGGUGGUGGACCGGCGGCGCGCGCCGCCAGACUUCGUCAACAAGUUCCUGCCACGCGAGUUGUCCAUCCUUCGGGGCGUGCGGCACCCGCACAUCGUGCACGUCUUCGAGUUCAUCGAGGUGUGCAACGGGAAGCUGUACAUCGUGAUGGAGGCGGCCGCCACCGACCUACUGCAGGCCGUGCAGCGAAACGGGCGCAUCCCCGGGGGGCAGGCACGCGACCUCUUCGGGCAGAUUGCCGGUGCUGUGCGCUACCUGCACGACCACCACCUGGUGCACCGCGACCUCAAGUGCGAAAACGUGCUGCUGAGCCCUGAUGAACGCCGCGUCAAGCUCACUGACUUCGGCUUCGGCCGUCAGGCGCAUGGCUACCCCGACCUGAGCACCACCUACUGCGGCUCGGCCGCCUACGCGUCGCCCGAGGUACUCCUCGGCAUCCCCUACGACCCCAAGAAGUACGACAUAUGGAGCCUGGGUGUUGUGCUCUACGUCAUGGUCACCGGGUGUAUGCCCUUCGACGACUCCGACAUCGCCGGCCUGCCCCGGCGUCAGAAGCGCGGCGUUCUCUACCCCGAUGGCCUCGAGCUGUCUGAGCACUGCAAGGCCCUAAUAGCCGAGUUGCUGCAGUUCAGCCCGACGGCCAGGCCCUCCGCGAGCCAAGUAGCGCGCAACUGCUGGCUGCGUUCGGAGGACUCCGGCUAG